AUGUCGCGCGCGUCGUCGCGCGUCGCGCCGGCGCUGGCUCGGCGCGCGCGCGCGGCGACGCGCGACGCGCGGGGCGCGACGACGACGACGCGCGACGACGACGCGACGCGACGACGACGACGCGCGACGACGGAGGCGCGCGACGACGGGCAGCGACGCGCGCUGGACGCGCUGGAGCGGUUCUACGACGGCGCGCGCCUCGGGACGCGCGCGGGGCGAGGGGUGUACCUGCACGGAGGCGUCGGGCGAGGGAAGACGGCGCUCGCGGACGCGACGAGCGAGGACGCGAGAGAAAAGGGCGGACUCGAGGUCGAGCGAACGCAUUUUCACGCGUUCAUGGCGAGGAUACAUCGAGCGCUGCACGAGAGCGCGAUGAAGGCGCGCGGCGAGGGCGGGGGGGGGGCGGAUGAUCCGCUGUGGACGCUGGGGAAAAACAUGGCGACGAAGACGCGGCAACACGUGCUGUGCCUGGACGAGAUGGAGAUCAGCGACGUGGCGGACGCGAUGGUGAUCGAGAGGUUGAUGCGAUCGUACUUCGCGCACGGCGGAGCGCUGGUGACGACGUCGAAUUGCGCGCCGGAAAGAUUGUAUUACGGUGGGAUUAAUCGAGCGGCGUUCGCGGGAUUCGCGGACGGGUUGCGAGCGCGGUGCGAAGUGGUGGAUUUGGACGCGCGCGAGAGCGUGGAUUAUCGUCGGCGCGCGCGCGAUGAAGACGUGGAGGAUGGAGUGAUCUUCGUCGGCGAUGACGACGCGACGCGUGAGCGACUGUCGCGCGCGUGGGAUCGUUUCACGCGAGACGCCGAAGGCGAACGCGAAGUCGACGCCGACGUCGGCCGUCUGCGCGCGAAGGCUCGCGUGGGCGCGCACGCGAGGUUCACGUUCGAUGAUAUUUGCGGGCGGCGAUCGCGCGCGGCGCCGAGCGAUUACGUCGCGCUCGCCGAGCGAUUCAAAGUGAUUUGCGUGGAGGACGUCCCGAGACUGCCCGUCGACGCGAGCGAAAACGAAGCGCGGCGGUUCAUCAACCUCAUCGACGUCUUAUACGAGCAUCGCGUCGUGCUCCUGGCGAAUCUAUGGACGUCCCCCGACGAUCUCUUCGACGUCGUCGACGGCGCCGUCGACGAUUCCGACGCGUUCCGCGAGCUCGCGCCUCGCGAACGCACGCGAAUCGAAAACGCGUUUCAGAGCACGCUUUCCGUCACCCGGGACGGCGGCAGCAGCGGUCGCUCGACGACGAUGCUCGCUCCCGAGCUCGAGUGGUCCGCCACCGGUCGCGUCGGCGCCUCGUUAGCGCACGUCUCCGGCGUCAAUUUCACGCUCGCCGCGAGUCCGCGCGCCGCGUCUCGCUUGCACCACAUGCGCUCGAGCGCGUAUUUCAAUACUUCUCCCUAG